CCUUGCUUUUUUCUACUGAUAAUACAGGUCACUCAGUUUUCACAGCCGUCCUCGGAUGACCUUGAGGUACAAGCCUCUGCAUUUCGAAAGCAAGUUCGCGUUUGACAAAACAAUUCCUGUAAUCAAGUUGAAACUUUUCCACUACUUAGAAGAGUAACUCCAAACCAUCGUGUUAUUUGUUCAGCUGUCCCGAUGGGAUUUUCACUUAGUAAAUCUGUCACUCAGGUGUCUGCUAUGCAUACUACCUCAAAAAUGGAUGACCACCUCAUGCCGGAGACUGAAAAAACCAAGUUGGAACCUGUGACUCAGUUAUUUCAAACCACCAAGAAAAUAAGGUUAGAGGACAGAAGUGAAGCAAACUUUACGAGGAUAGAAGGGACUGGCACGGGUUACAUUUCAGAGAAUGACUUAGGAGCAGUGGUAUAUGUUAAAGAAAGUGAUGGAAUAGAAAUGACAGAUUUGGAAUGAAGUAAUUUCUACCUGUUAACAAAGAAAGCAAACACUGCUCUUUGAAAGAAGAGGGUAUUGAAUGAGAACUGAACUUUAUUCAGAAAACCUAGCGAAAUGAGGGGAGAUUAUUUUUCACUCUUUAGGGACCAUCUUAGACUGCACAUUUUGAUAAUGAAUAUUCAAAAGGCAGUUGCUCCAGGAAGAAAAAGCCUUCCAAACCGAUUUCUCUGGUAUUAUAUUCUAUCCUUAUUAAAAAUGAGAGUUUUUCAGUAACAAUAUUUGAAUGACAUCAGAACAUAUUUUGUAUUUCUUCGGUAAGUUUUUUUUUUAAGUGUGCAAGAAUUUGACAUCAGUAUUUCACAUGCCGUGUGGUAUCACAGUUUUGUAUGUUGUAGUUCCAGUUUGGAAUAUUGCUUAGGAUACUUUACCGUCCCACAUUUUACAUUUCCAUUCUGUAAAAGAUCACUACAAAUAAACUCUGAGAAAGACA